UAGUCGCAGCGCCUGCAACCCGCAACAGCCCGCAAGCAGCAACGUACGAAGAGUAUCAAGCGAGCGUUUUGUUCAUCGUACCCUCCUCCCAUCCAUCCUAACGACGAGGAUAACAAUGAAUUUCCAGAGAUGACAAUUUAACGGACUGCGUCUAUCAACAACCAGCAGGAUCAAGCCGGAGAGAAUUUUAAAAGACGCUCCAUCCGCUUUUGCGCUUUCUCUCCGACAACGAUAGCCUAUCAGUCCAAGAAUAACAGGAAGUAAUAAGUUUUUAUUUCUAAAAUGCCACCUUCCAAAAUACUGAAUGCACACGCUAAGGCAACCACGACCAACACUAUUAGUGGGGUUGUAACACGACGAGGGCUAGCUACCCGACAUACCAAUUCAAAUAUUAAUGCACCAGUGCAAGUUCAAAUACAAGUACAAAAAUCACAACCUAUUCUGUUCAAAGAUACAAGAAUUAAGAGGAAAGCAGACGCAUCUCCACUAAAGGACAAAGUAGCAAAGCGAUCUGCUCUUGGUAACAUUACAAAUGCAAUAGGAAAAACUAUAGGGGUUCAAAUUCAUGAUACAAAGAGAGUAACGAAAAAAUUUGCUGUUAACCAUCAACAUAUUAAGACUGUUGGUCAAACCACAAAUAUAGUAAAGCCUUUAGAUAAAAUUUUACCAAAGCAAGACAAUCAUAUUCAUGGAAAACAAAAGCAAUCCCAACAACAGCAUAUAGCACGUAUUAAGCCUUCUACAAAGAAAGAAGAGGAUAUUAAGAUAGAAGCGCAGAACAAAGCUGUUAUUAACUUGAGGCGGAGCGUAGAAACAGAAAAAUCGGACGAAAGUUCUUUGUACGUCAGUGCCUUGGAAUCACUAUCAGAGGAGAAUGCCAAACGGUUAUCGCGGACAAAUAAAGAGCAAGAAAAGAAAACUACAGCGGGAAACAAACAAGCGGUUCCUCCUGUUCAAGAGGAAUCCACUGCCCCAACGACUCGUAACCCGAUCCCCAACAGAGUUUUACCAGCGGGCGUGCAAUGGGAUUUCGACGUGGAAAACUGGAAUGACCCAUACCAGGUGUCACAUUACGCUAUGGACAUUUUUCAGUAUUUAAAGGACCGUGAGCGUCUCUUUCCUGUGACGGAUUACAUGGAGCGUCAAGUGUGCCUGUCGCGAUGGAUGCGUGCUCUUCUCGUCGACUGGAUGGUCGCGGUACAAGAGUCCUUCGAACUCAACCACGAAACUCUCUACUUGGCUGUGAAAUUGGUCGAUCUCUAUUUGACCAAGGUUACUGUAGGAAAAGAAACACUGCAGUUGCUUGGAGCCGCUAGUCUAUUUAUUGCUAGCAAAUACGACGAAAGAAUUCCUCCAAUGAUAGAAGACUUUUUGUAUAUAUGCGACGGUGCUUAUAAUAGUAAAGACCUCGUGCGAAUGGAGAUAAGUAUUCUCAAAGUGAUGGACUUCGACCUUGGAAUACCUUUAUCCUACAGAUUCUUGCGACGUUACGCCAGGUGUGCUAAGGUCUCGAUGCCAACGCUGACGUUGGCCCGUUAUAUUUUGGAGUACUCGCUGAUGGACUAUGCGACGAUAUCUUUGAGCGAUAGCAAAAUGGCGGCCACGGCUCUUUUCAUUGCGUUACAAAUGAAAGAAUUGGGAGGCUGGACACCUACGUUAGAAUAUUACACGGGAUAUAAAUUGGUCGAUUUUAAGGAUGUUGUUCUCAUCGUGAACGAGAAUCUGCUCAGGAAGCACAAAGAUGCACUUGCAACUGUCCGAAACAAAUACACUCAUAAAAUAUUUUUCGAAGUAGCAAAGGUGCCAUUGAAAGAACAUCUAGACUUGUAAAAACUCUAGUGUAAAAUGUAAGUAUUAGAGUCUGUAAAAUGAGUGUCAUACGUGUUGGUUACGUGGUUCAUUUCAGAGCCAAAAUUUAGACUGCGUGAAAAUCUAAGUUUAACACUCAGUUAGCAACAAAACGAGAUACUCACGGACAUCGAACCGCGUCCAUCAGUGUUCCUGCGAAGCAUGUGUGAUACGCGGUUGAUAAAGAGCCUUGGACUCUAUUGGUGUAAUCAAAUUUUUAAUUUUAAGAUACAGCUAUAUUGGAAAUGGCUCGAGAUGGAUGAUGGAGUUUGUAUAAUUUUAUAUAGAUUUAUACAUUGAGUGGCCAAUAUGUCGCUCAAUAAUUUAAGCUAUUUGGAUUUUAUAUUCGUUGAAAAAUCUAUUAUAGCGUCAUACUUUUCUAUAUUGCUCUUGAAUUUUGACAGGCUUAUAGGGAUGCCUUUCUUAGACAUUUUUUUUAUUGUAUAAGUUUUUGUUUGUUUAAUUUUUUAAAAAAGUUUAAUAUCCGUCAAAAGUCCUCUGUCCAUUUUCAAUAAUCCGCAUGAAAUAGGUCAUGUUACAAACAAUUUUAACAGUGUCACGCUAUAAGGUGACCAUGAAAUAGAAAAAAAAAGAAUCAAAAUUUUUAUAUAAUGAAAUAAAACGUACGUUAUUUCGAAUUGAUUCUAUCAUGGACUAAAAUAAAAGUGUAGCGCAUUUUUUUGCGUUGUUGUGACAGACUGAUAAUGAUAUUAAUGUAUGUUUUUUAAUCAUACGACACAUCCAUUUUCAAAUUAAAGUUGCAUGAACUCGAUGUAUAAAUGAGUUAUCCUUUUUCUCACAAUCUUACCCAGUAAUUUAUCCAAGUAUGAUUUUGCCAGUAUGAAUAUCGUGAAAUCAAUUGAAAAGAUACUCUAAAUUUUUCAGCUUGAUUCAUCGUUAUUUUGAUCUACUAAAAAAAUUAGCAUCGAGCGAUAUGUAACGCUUAAAAAUAUGAUAAUCAAUUUUUAGAAAGGCAAUAUCAUCUAAAUGUGAUAAGAUAAAUUACGAUAUUUGAUUUCUUCACUAUAAGAAUGUUGCUGCAAAUUGGACGUGUAAACUUUUCUUAAGCAAUGAAUCAAAUUGGUUAUUUUUAUGACUAAAAUGUAAUUUUUAUGAUCAAAUAUACCAUAAUACGACUGAGAUAUUAAAUAUUCGACUUCAAACGACUUUUAUAACUUGCGAUUUUCUUAAAUCGAUAAACGACUCGAUUGCCAAUGCCAUUGUUUUAUAAUAAAAACCGUACGUGUACAUAAGAACAAAGCUGCCAUUGUUCAGAAAUAAAUGCUGCACGAUGUACAUAAUGUUAUAAUAUAUUUACUAUCAGUGGAUGUACUAUUAUUGAAUAUUUUGGGCAACAAGUGUGUAUGUGUAAAAUUAUAAAUGUGAC